CCAGAAGAAGAACAAGUAGAAGAAGUCGAAGAAGAAGAAGACGACGUGUUGUCUUGCAUGUAGCGAACCGCUUCUCAUCUCAACGAAGGAGACACAAAGGAGUUGCAAAGCGCCGUUCUUGUUACACUUCGAGUCAAAAUGUUGAAAGAUUUGGUGAGGGAGCGACUCAUUGCGGCCGCCGACGAAAUCUUCGGGCUGUUUGAAGGAACGAUAGCGUCGUACGAGGAGCAACUUCGUCGAGCGAGGGAGGAAACCGAGCGACAACGACGACAACUGGAAGCUGUUUGCAAGACUCAAAUUGUCAUACGCAUGGAAGACGUGCAACAGGUGAUUGGCCGUCAUGUAGAAUUUAGCCCUCAGUUGCAGUGGGGGAGCUCCAGUUUGGAGCCGCAGGAUCCACAGCCCUCCUAUGUUAAAGCGGAAAAUCUACAACCCCUCCAUGUUAAAGAGGAAAAGGAGGAUCCACAGCCCAACCAUGUUGAAGAGGAAGUGGAGGAGGUUAGUGUCAUAAAAAUAGCGCUGAAUGGUACCUCUGUGGAGAGGGAAAACGAGAUACCUGAGCUUCAUAAUCACAGUCCAAGUGGAGACCACUGUGGAGGACCACCACCGGACAACCUUUUAGCUCCACUGUCAGACAGUGACGACAUAGAAGAACCUUCGAGGAGCGACGGAGACUGCGAAGGUGACGACAAGCAGUCGACAGGCUCUGAAAAGGAGACAACGCUUAACAAGAAAACUCCUCGGAUACACAGGAGUCGUCACGCUCCCAAAGAACAUUUCAGCUGCUCAACUUGUGGAAAAACAUUCAAUACAAAGAAGAUAUUGAGAAAACACACUAGAACGCACAAUGGGAAAAAAAACUUUUGUUGCUCUGUGUGUGGUAAAGCGUUCCCUCAAAAAGCGAAUGUGGUAUCACACAUGAAAACGCACGUGGGAGAAAAACCUUUCAGUUGUCCAAUUUGCAAUAAAACGUUCACUCAUAAGCAACAUAAGGUCACACACAUGAGAACACACUCAGGAGAAAAAUCCUUCUCUUGCUCAACUUGUGGUAAAGCUUUCUCUCAAAAUAGUCAUCUGGUUUCACAUGUGAAGACACACGCAGGAGAAGGAAUGCACAGUUGCUCAUUGUGUGAUAGAACAUUCUCUCAAAAGGCGUCCAUGGUCAGACACAUGAAAACACACGCAGGAAAGAAACGUUUGUAGUUGCUCGAGUGGCUGUAAAACCUGUCAAAGGUGUUCUCUGGUAUUAAACAUGAGUGCGCGCACAAGAAAAACCCAUCAUGUCCGUAGGUCCAAUUUGAUUGUACAUGUCCGGGGACACAACAAAAGGACAAAAAAGCCUUUGCGGUAGUUCCCCACAAUACUGCGGCACUAGAAGCAGACCAUGAAUUGUUUUUAUUGAAUUUUAUUUUGAGCUGUAAGUACUUUCAGUAGGCCCAGUACACACACACACACACACACAGAUAAUCGGCUUGUUUUUGUGGAGAUUGUUUUCACCAAGGAAUCUUUGGGACUAAAAUUUCAUAUUGAAUCAAAUAAAAACAAUUUGUGAUAAGACAUUGAAAUCUUUGAAAAAAAAAUUGUUUUUUAUAUAUAUAUAUUUAACUACGACUCCGUACAGGCCUUUUGGUUGGACAUGCAGGGCUGGCUUCAGUCUAAACAUCUUGAACUGUCACCUUGGAUGAUGGAGUCCAUUAAGUUUGGUGAAAACAAGAAUUUAGACGUUAAUAAUGUGCUGUUAUUUUAAAGUUUUUUUUUAAUUCACAACUGUAGAUAUUUCAAGACAAAAACCUGUCUAAAUCAUUGGUUGAAUGAGUUUUUACUUGUAUUUGAAGUUUGUAAAGAUUAAGAAAAGGCUUUGAACUUCUUUCACUGCUUGAUAAGACUUCAUUUUCUAAAGCCCUCUUGUGUAUGUGUGUAGCUUUUUCUGUUGUCUACUGUAAAGCUCACCAUACGGCUUUUGAUGUGCAGAUUGAGUGAAACAAAAUGGGAAAUUUUGUUGUAUUUGUUCUUUAAAAAAAUAAAAGAUAUUUGGGUCCACA